GCUGGUGCUGAAAGAGGAGAAUCAAGAUCCGAAUGAAAUGGAACAGACAGAUCAGAAUGAGAAACACCAUGAUUUCAUAACUGGUGAAAAUGCCACACAGACUAAAACGGCUUCUAUAUGAAAAAGAGCUCAGAAAACCAAAUCUAACAGCCGUUUCACCUGCCAUCAUUGUCGGAGGAGUUUCGGUGAAAAACGAAAACUUAAAAUGCACAUGAGAGUUCACACUGGAGAGAGACCAUUCACCUGCCAACAGUGUGGAAAGAGCUUCACUCAACAAGGAGCCCUUAAAAGGCACAUGAGAACUCACUCGGGAGAGAAGCCUUACACCUGCCAACAGUGUGGAAACAGUUUCACUCAAAAAGGACACCUUAAAAAUCACAUGAGAACUCACUUGGGAGAGAAGCCAUUCACCUGCCAACAGUGUGGAAACAGUUUUGCGCAAAAAGUGCACCUUCAAAGACACAUGAGAACUCACUCGGGAGAGAAACCUUUCACAUGUCAACAGUGUGGAAAGAGUUUUACACAGAAAAGCACCCUUCAUUUCCACAUGAGCAUUCACACUGGAGCGAAGCCUUAUACAUGUGAACAGUGUGGAAAGAGUUUCCCUGCAAAACAAAACCUUAAAGUCCACAUGAGAGUUCACACUCAAGAGAAGCCUUACUCUUGCAAGUAUUGUGGAAAGAGUUUCACACAUAUAUGCACCCGUAAUUACCACAUGAAGAUUCACACUGGAAAGCAGCUGUUCACAUGUGAUCGUUGUGGAAAGACCCUCACAACAGAAUUUAGCCUCAAGUGUCACAAGAUCAGGCACACCGGAAAGAAACCCUUCGAAUGUGAUCAGUGUGGAAGGCGUUUCAUUCGUAAGGUAAGCCUUAAUUACCACAUGAAGACUCAUUCGGCAGAGAAAUGCUGUAAAUGUGCUCAGUGUGGAAAGAGUUUCAGUCAUAAAGGUAGCCUCAAUGCUCACAUUAAAAAACAACACACUCGAGAGAAGCCUGUGGGAAGAGCUUCUCAUAAAUAGAAAAUCUUAAGAUUCACAUGAAAUAUGUGUGAAACUAUUUUUAUAUGCCAUCAUUGUGCAGAGUGUUUCACAGUCAAAGGAAACCUGAAGACACAUAGGAGUUAACACUGGAGAGAGGCCUUUCAAGAUCAUUCUGGAAAUAAAGUGUGACCGUGACGAGGUUUACCAAAAGAAGAAAUUUUAAAAAUCCCCAUUAACUGUGAUCAAUGUAAUACAUUUCUUUUGACAUUACACCCAAUAGAUGCACCUAAGAAGUCAUGAAAAUGAGACGGUAUUUUUGUGCUUUGUGGAGAAAGCUUUAAAGGGUUAGUUCACCCAAAAAUGAAAAUU